AUGUAUCUGCGGCUGAUGGCGGAGAAUCAAUUGACGAAGGAGACGACAGCGAGCACGGCGGCGGUCGAGAGUGAAACGAGCGUUUGCCCCGAUAACGUCGCCGUCGAGAAAGUCCAAAACGGCUGCCAACCGCUGACGGAAGUCAACAGCAACCAGUUUGGAAGCGAUUGAAGGACGCGGAGGACGGGCCGCCGUUUCUUUGCCCGAAAUGCGGCCGCACUUA